AUGGGGCACCAGCGGUGGGCACUGCCUGUGCCAACAGGCUGUGUCUCGAGCAGCAGCAGCAGCAGCAGCAGCAGCAGCAGCAACUGCAGCAGCAGCGGCUCGCCCAGCAGCAGCAGCAACUGGCAGCUCAACAGCACUGUGUGGCUCCCCAAAGCCAGCGAGCCCUCAUCAACAGCAGCAGCAACAGCAGGAGCAGCAACAGCAACAGCAGCAGCAGAAGCUGCUGCUGCUGCUGCUCCGCCGGUGUCUUGUUCACUCACUUGCUGCUCCCUUGACUCCUUGCUGCCGGCCUGCUACCUGCUGAGAGAGCAGCAGCAGCAGCAGCAGCAGCAGCAGCAGCAGCUGAGCCUCGCUGAGCUGCUGCCGGCGCUCCCAGAAGUCGCGGUGUCAUUGCUUGAGCUGCUGCCGCAAGAGCAGCAGCAGCAGCAGCAGCAGCAGCAGCAGCAGUCACCUGCAGAGCUCUUUAUUCCGCUUCAGCUGCGUUCUUUCUGCUACAAGCGCAGCAGCAGCAACAGCAGCAGCAGCAACAGCAGCAGCAGCAGCAGCAGCAGCAGCAGCCAGAAGGCAAUAGAGUGGCUUGAAGCCCCAGAGGUGCAGCAGCUGCUGUCGCUUCCCUCGUCAUCUCCCUUUUGGGUUUACCCACAGCAGCAGCAGCAGCAGCAGCAGCAGCAGCAGAACUUGUUUGCUGCUUUGCAACCGGAGACGCAGUUCUUGCUGGCCCGCAUUAGUACAAAACAGCAGCAGCAGCAGCAGCAGCAGCAGCAGGAGCUGGGUCAGCUCGUGCUGCUUGCACCCCUGACAGACCCUGAGGCUUGCUGCCGAGCGGCGCUGCAGCGCAGCAGCAGCAGCAGCAGCAGCAGCAGCAGCAGCAGCAGCAGCAGCGCAGCCUCUGGUGGUGGAUUUGAGGUGUACGUACACCUCGAGAGAGGCCACACAGGCAGCAGAGCAGCAAAGCUGCUUCUCUGUUUAACAGCAGCAGCAGGAGUGUCUUUGCAGCAGGUAGGGCCCCCUCGAGCUGCUGCUGCUGCUGCUGCUGUUGCUGCUGCUGCUGCUGCUGCUGCUGUUUUUCAUGCUGCCGUUGCACUGCUGCUCCUGCUGUGCUUGAGCUCAAUAGCUCUUUUGCUGCUGUUGCUGCUGCUUCAGAUGCCAUCCACUGCUGCUGUUGUUUAUGCUGCUGUUGUCGUUGCUGCUGUUGUUUCUGCUGCUGUUGUUGCUGCUGCUGUUGCUUGUGUUGCUGCUGCUGUUGCUGCUGUUGCUGCUGUUGAGGAUAAUGCUUUUAUAGCUGCUGUUGUUGUUUCUGCUGCUGUUGUUGCUGCUGCUGCUCUUUGA